AUGUCUACUUCGCGUGCUCUCAAAGUUUUGAACUUGAACAUUGAUAUUCUGGUAGCAGAAGCAAAAAUUGUAUUAAAGCAUAAAUUUCUUCAUGAAAGACCUGUUGAUAUUACAAUGCCAUCUGAAAUAAAGGAAGAAAUUAGUAAAAAUUUAAACUUGAAUCCUGUGAAAUUGCGAAAAUAUUUUCAUAAAAAGUUUGACUUAUCUAAUAUUACAUCUAAGCAGAUUCAUUACUGA